ACCUCGUUCCGUUAGGUACAGUUAGAGUUUAUUUGGAUUUCAUUUUUAGCCAUAUUUAACUAUUUAAUUUAUUAUAAAAUGUCAGCUCACAGUUAUUUUGUUGAAGAUAUUAAGCUUUAUCUUUAUAAAGGAGAAGUAAAUUGCUCUAAAUCACAGCGUAAAUCAUUUUUAAAAUAUGCAAAUAAGUUCAAACUAUGCGCUUUAGAGAUGUUUAUGAUUCUAAUCAUGCGGCUCAUGUUGGCCUUAACAAUACAAGAGCAAAAUUAAAAGGUUCUUUCUACUGGCUAGGUAAUAUUAUUGUCUUUUUAUAAUAGUACUUUUUUAAUUUCUAUAAGGUUUUUAAGCUCUUUUAAGUAUUAUACCGUUCUUGAACUUAAUUGCUAGACAAAUUAAAUUAAAACAUGAAUUAAUAUCAGUUCAUGAUAUCAAAAGAUAGAGUACAGCCCUAUUUUUUUAAAUUUGGUCAUGUUUUGGUUCAUGUCAAACUUUUGUUUUUGUUGAAUUGUUAGGAAUGGUUAAUGACAUUACCAAAUGUGUUAAAGAAUGUGACAAGUGUCAAAGAAUGGAAAAAAUAAGAACUAUUGCUCCCGAAUUAAAAUCUAUCAAGGUUAAUGGACUGUGGGAUUUUUUAGGCAUAGACCUAAUCAGACCUCUUCCAAUUACAAAGCUUGGAAACAAAUAUAUUUUAACAAUAACUGAUCUUUGGAGCAAAUAUAUUGAAGCUUUUCCUAUUCCUGAUAAGCCGGCAUUUUAUGUUUCUAAGUGCCUUACUACUUUGUUCUAUAGGUUUGGUCCUCCAAAAAAAAUUCUAUCAGAUCAAGGUAGGGAGUUUGUAAAUAGUUUAAAUGAACAAUUAUUCUUUUUAUUUCAAAUCAAACACUUGAUAACCUCUGCCUACUACCCUCAAACCAUUGGACAAGAUGAAAGAACUAAUCAGACAAUUAAAAAAUCUCUCUCUAAAUUAUCUAAUGAUACCCAGGACAAUUGGGAUGAAUUGUUAGAAGCUGUUUUAUUUGGUCUGCGCACAUGUGUGCAAAAGUCAACUAAAUUUACACCCUUUUUUUUAAUGUUUGGCAGAGAAGCAAACUUAUUCUCUACUUUAUCACUGAAUAAUAGUGAUUCUGGUACUAAUGACAAUAACAUUGUUGAAAGUAAUGCCUUGGAUGAGCAAAUUCAAGAAAAAUAUAAUAAUAAACUUCAUAUAAUAAAGUUGUUACAGAAGUAAAUAACAAUAUUUGUCAUGCCCAAACAAAAAUGAAAAAGUAUUAUGCCUCAAAACAACUUAAAGGAUAGAAAUCAUUUACAUUUAAAACAGGCGAUCAAGUUUUAGUUAGAAAUUACAGAAAAAUAGAUUGUAAAGGAAGUCGGAUGGAACAUGAUUGGUUGGGACCUGGAAUUAUUUCAGAGUUAAAACAAACUGGUGCUACUUUAACCGCCAAUGGUAAAGUUUGGAAAAAAGCUGUUUCUUUAUCCAACAUGAAGCCUUAUAUAGCUGAUAAGCAACUAUUGUUGGCUGAAUUGCUUUUAAAAAAACAUGAUUAUUGUUUAAAAAUGAAAAAUCGAUCAUAUAAAAAAGAAGAUUUAAAAAAAAGGAGUUCUAAAAAGAGGCACAUAUCAGAAUUGAAAUGUUAUGACAAAGAUAAAAAAUAUAAAUCUGGUAAAAUGGAAAUCACUACAUCAUCUCUAUCUGACGAUAAAAGCAUUUUAAAACAUAAAAGAUUGAUUUAUCCUGCAAUUUUUCUAGAUAACAAUUUUUAUUCAACAUUAUCAGCACAGUCAAUCAAACAAUGUAUAGAUAUUUUAAAUAAUCCCUUUGGUUGGCUAGAUGAUACUUUAAUUGAUAUUGCACAAAGUUUUCUUUCGCAUCAGCUUCCUAAAGUAGGUGGAUUGCAAAGUUCUUGUAUUUUUAAUUCAAAUAAUUUUGGUGGUUUUGUUUCUGGAAAGUUUGUUCAGAUAUUUAAUGUGAGGAAUUCAUAUUGGGUAUUAAUAAGUAAUGUAACCUCUGAUAAUGGUUCAAGUUCUGUUCAAUAUUAUGAUUCCCUUUUUACUGGUUUUAAUAAAAGUACUGUUCCAUUACUAGUACACAGAGUUGCACGAUCAAUGUUGAUAAAUGAGGGUAUUGCAUUCAUAAAUUUAAAAGUCAUGAGAUGCCAGAAUCAAGACAACGGAAAUGAUUGUGGGCUUCAUGCUAAUGCUACAGCCUUAUGUCAUGGCAUUGAUCCAAGUGUAAUUCUUUGGGAACAAAACAGUAUGAGAUCUCAUUUUUUGAAGUGUGUUGAGAAUAGAAAACUAGAGAUGUUUCCUUACACUUUAUUAAAUGAUACAAAAACCUGCUCAAUAUCAUUUCAAUGUGAUGAUCUCUGUCCUUGCGCAUUAAAAUAAUGAUUCUGUUUUGUGUCUUAACAUCAAGAAAAUAUUUAAAUUAUAAGCUUGUACAAUAUAUGCGAAUGUUUAUUUACAAUAUGUAAUACGUUGACAACAUGUGAUGAUCAAGUUUUCAUUUAUUUUUUAUGUUUAAAAAACUUAUAUCAGAAUCCCUGUAAAUAUAAUAAUUCCUAUAAAAUAUAAUAAUCCCUAAAAAAAUAAUAUAAUAAAUUUAUUGGUCUUAAUUUUUAUUGUGGAUCACUAUUUUCUGAAGUUUGUGUUUUGUGAGGACAUUUACUGUAUCAAAAUAUUGUAAAUAAAUCUAAAAAAUAAUUGCCUUUUUGAAAAAAAAAGGAUAGUAUUUUAAGUCUAGUAUUAUUUGAGUCAGUACUUUAGCUUGUUAUUAAUUUAGUUUUAGAUUAGACUUUACUUUUGUUAGACUAGAGUUUGCUCAAUUUUAUAUUAGAGUUAUAUAUAGAGUUUUUAAACUGAAUAUAUUAAGGAAGCUUUUUAAAAAUUUGUAAAUUGUUUUUUCAAUUUUAAGUCACUUAACUUUAUUAAAGUAUUGCUAUUUUAAAUAUUUAAUCAAAAACUUUUAGUUUCAUUUAGAUUUGCAAUAUUUGUGUAAUAUUAAGACAUUUGAGGUUGUUGAAUCCAUUUCAGAAAUGACAAGCUAAGCUCCUUGGUUACAAGCGGUAAAAGAUAACCUUUUAGGUAAACUCAAUCUCUGAUGUUUGUUUGCAAAGACAAGUAAAUUCCAAUCUAGCAGAGGUAAACGUUAAGGGACAGAUUUAAAAACAAAGUAAAUGUAAAUUAAUUUUUAGCUAAUAAAUGUUUAUAGUUUUAUUA